AUGGCUCCGGCCCUGGCACCGAACCGGCGCCGUGCCCGGGAGGAGCCUGGGGCAGGGCAUCCCUGUGUGACCUGCCCGGGCACACCGAGAGGCACGGGGACCGCAGGCACGCCACAGACCAGCCACCCGCCCUCCUCCGCGUGGGAGGAGCAGAGGAUUCCUGACAGGCUGUUUCUGCGCCCUGAGAUGCCGGGAGCAGGGAACCUGAGGCUCUUCAAAGCCAUGCUGAAGCAACAACAGGUCAGGGACACCCGAGUGUGGCUGAGGGCGCUGUCCUGCCCUCACCCUGCCCUGCCCCAGCCUCUGCUCCCGGCCGGCAGCUCCUGUUUCCCUCCGCAGCUGGCGGAGGGCGCUGACACCAUUACCGAGGGCGGCGUCACUUUCCCGUCCUUGCCAAGCCCGGCCAAGGCACAGCGCUCACCCACAGCUCGGCACGGCACGGCGCUCACCCCGAACCUGGCGCUGCUCACCCUGAGCCCGGCACGGCGGCUCCUGCAGCCCAGCUCCAGCUCACCCAUGGCCCUGCGGCGGCUCCUGCAGCCCAGCUCCAGCUGCAGCUCCUGCGAGGAGCCGGCACCGCCCGCCGACGGCCGGAGGAUGCAGCACCUGGCCAGCACGGUGGGCACGCUGCCCCGCGGCCGCAGGCAGCCUGUUUCACAGCUUGCCCUGGCCAGAUCCAUUUCAUUGGGCGACCCCACCAAGCCACAGAGGAACUUCGUUUCUAUAUUGAAAGAAGACAAGGAGAUGUUUGGGUUUGAAAUCCAGACCAUCAGGUUCCCACACCAGAGUGAUUUCUCCCUGGAGGUGUGCACGUGUGUCUGCAGGAUCCAGGAGGAGAGCCCUGCCCACCUCUCCGGCCUCCAGACUGGUGACAUCCUCACCUGCAUCAACGGCGUCAGCGUCGAGGGCUUUGGGCACAAGCAAAUAGUGGACUUGAUAAAAUCUUCAGGGAACUACUUGAGGUUAGAGACUGUCAACGGGGCCUUUUUCCUGAGGAAAAUGGAGCUGAAGACCAAACUGAGGGCUCUGAAGCAGGCGCUGCACCAGCGCUGGGGAGAGCUGCGGGCGCUGCUGGCCCGGGAGCGGCUCCUGCUGCACGGAGAGGUGAACGACAACGCCCUGCUGGGCUCACCGGAGCCGGUAGAGCCGGGCUUGGUGGGUGGCUGCAGCUCGCCGGGACCCUUCCUGCCGGGCAAUCCGCGCCUGUCCAGCGAGGGCAGCUCCCGCAGCCGGCUGAGCUCCAUGACGGUGGGCAGCGAGGACAGCUUCUACCAGGGCGGCGCGGCCGAGGACUGGGCUGCGGAGAGCCUGAGCCGGCAGUCCAGCCUGGACGAUGACUGCGUGUUCCGCAGGGACGGCGCCGGGGCCGCGGGCAGGGCCUCGGUGCGGUGGCACCGCAGCAUCAGCCUGGCCAGCAGCAGCGCCAGCCUGGCCAGCAGCGGCUCCGCGUCCCCGCUCUGGGACAGCUUCGGCACCCUCCCGCGCAAGAGCCGCCGCGCCAGCGUGCGCAAACACCUCCUGAAAUUCAUCCCGGGCUUCCAGCGCGCCGUGGAGGAGGACGAAAGCCGGGUCUGAUGUCGCAGUGUCACCCUCGACGGCCGGGGGCUGCCCCAUGGGGCACACGGCGGUGGCACCGCGGGGCACUGCCCAGACAACAGCUCUGAUCAGAGCCACACGGCUCUGGGGUUUUAAUUAUUUUCAUUUUCAAUCAGAGCACUCUGUGGACCUCUUCUUCAUUAACGUGAAAAAUGAGCGACUCCAAAAUGCGAAGAACCUUUGCAGAACUUCCUCAGCGAACUUUACUGUUAAUAACAGUUUUUAAUUGAAUGCGAAAUUGAUAGCUAUUUAUUUCCUGUUACCGGAGUCAGUGUCUUCCAAAGGUCUUUAAUAAAAUGAGUGCUUCUUCUAAAA